CUUUUGGGAGAGCCGCGCGGCGUGCGCGGGCACGAGGCUUAGUGGCCUUUCCCAAGACUGAGGCGGCGGCGGGUGCGCGCGCGGCGGCGGGUGCGAGGCGCAAGCUGUUGUGCUUCAGGCUUUCCUCUUUCCCCUCCUAGGCGGGUGCAGGAGGCCGAAGCGGUGCUGGGCGCGCUCCCCUUUCCUCUCCCUCUGGCCACCUCCUCCGGCCCCUUCGCGCUGCGCGGUCUCUCCGACGCAAGACUGUCCCGGCCCGGAUAUGGCUCGUGGACAGCAGAAGAUUCAGUCUCAGCAGAAAAAUGCCAAAAAGCAAGCUGGACAAAAGAAGAAACAAGGGCACGACCAAAAGGCUGCUGCCAAAGCUGCCUUAAUAUAUACCUGCACUGUCUGUAGGACACAAAUGCCAGACCCUAAGACCUUCAAGCAGCACUUUGAGAGCAAGCAUCCUAAGACUCCACUUCCUCCAGAAUUGGCUGAUGUUCAGGCAUAAAGUUGUUUACAGGUGAAUUCAUGACACCUCUGACUCUUCUACUGUCUGAGACCUUAGGUAACAAACCUGCAGCUGCUUUUCUAACAAACUGUUGAUCAGCAAAAAUAAAGGGGCUACAGAAACACUCAUUUUUAUGCUGUUCCCUUUGGGCUUCAUGCAAAGACAAUUCUGUGUAAAUGUACAGUUGACUCUAAUUUGGAAAUCUGAAAAUCAGUCCAUCCUUGUUAUAAAAAAAUUUUUUACAAUUGUAAUUAUAUUGAUGUUCAUAUUGUGUAAAAUAACUCAUUUAAUAAAGUAGUACUUUGAUUUUACAACAUCACAGGAUAAAUGGUUCUAGAAAUUCUGUUCUAAUUUUUCACAUUAUUUGCCUUAUAAAAAUGUAAUGAAUUCAUCAGCUAGAAUUGCAAGUGCAAUUCUUAUCUCCCUCUCAGCUCAGUGGCAGGUUCGUUAGUUAAACUAGAGCGGACUCAUUUAUUAAAUUUGUGUACACAGUUUUAUUGGCAGCUGCCUAGGUGAGGAAUGACUUACCUGCUUCCUUAGUAUAUUGCAAUCAUAUGUCAUUUUCUCUUCUGAUUGUUCCAUGUGUUUGAGGUUGGAAUAUUUCAACUUGCUGUAUAACUUGGCUAUAGAUACCAGCUAGGUAUGCCCUGUAGAGAUAAGUGAUACAUUCCUAAAGCGGUUGGAUCGUUAGUGAGCCCUUCUGAAAAACUAGGUUCUGAAAUAUGUGUCGUAAUGAAAUAAUCAGUAAGCCUAAUCGUUUAUUACAAAAUAUGAUGGAAUGUAUGUGAACUAGUAAAGAUUUAUCUUUCAUAAAUUAUGCUGGAUUCUUUGAACAUUUUUCAAAUUCUUUAAUUUGAUAUCGAAACUCAUAAUGUUGAAGUUUUUGGAGCUUAUUAACGAUUUGACCAAUGGAUUUUGCAUGAACGGGAAGAUUGGAAUGACUUGUGGCUGGGUUAAUUCCCAGAACCUUCUCCCUCCUUUUCUUUCUGAGUCGUUGAUUUUGGGAGUUUACUUUGUGCUGGUUCCUAAAAUCAAAGACUAUGUAUUAUAUGAUUUCCGUCUGAACCAGAAAAGUGUUAAGCCAGUAUCCACAUUCAUUUGGUUCCAAGAAUGGGGAAGUGGGUUGGUUCAGAUGGUUGAGGUAAAUCCUACCCAGUUAAGGGAGGCUAAUUUUAGGGUUCUUCUAAUUUGCUUGGGUUAGCUAUUAACUUUACGAGUGAAACUGCUGUAACUCAGUUUAAAUUUUCAAGUUAAUAAAAUAGGAAGAACACUCAAUUAUUUACUGGUAAUUGCUUAGAGCCACAAACCUGAUCCUGUGGAUUUAAAAAUGCAUUCCUCCUUUCUGCUGUAACUCAUCACUGCAUUGUUUUUUUUUGCCGUGCCCACCUCGUUUGUCUUCAUUGUAAGUUUAAAAUAAGAUAUUUUGAGGAAAAUCUUCAGUGGUGAUGAUUUCUUAGCAAUUCCUAUUCCUAUACUAUUACUUUAAAAUAAUGAUUUUUUUCAUGUAUUUAAUUUCCUAAUUUUCAGAUUUUAAUGUUAUUUCCUUAUAUGUUGAUUACCAGACUAUUAGACUUUGCCUAAUUGCUUGUGGGGGGUAUUACAGAAGUUCUGGUUAAAUUACAAUUUAAAGGUUGUAAAGUGCUAUGAGCAUAUUAUGUUUAGCAACAAAUCAUUUAAAAACCAUUCACAAGUUUUGGUUUAAUUUUUUUUUCAUUCAUUUUACUGACUGACUCAGAAUAAAAGCUUGUUGUUCUUGUAUUUAACCCUCUUUUAUAAGCAGCUGAGGACAUCAUGUUUAACUGUCUCAGUGAUAGGACUGGCUGCAUUGAUCUUGUGUAGGUGUCAGUUCUCAUCCUCUGUGUGAGGAUUGUUAGGACAAUCCCCUUUAUUGUGUUUGAGCUAAAUCUGCUAUAAGGGGAAAAUUUAAAUUCUUAAACAUCCUCGUUAUUUAAUUCAAAGAUUCUUUAACAGAUUACAGCAAAGUUCAUUAUAAAACUGUUAUGGUGUCUUCAAAGACCUGAUGAAAUACACCGAGAGAGAACUGGUCCAUUUGUAUUCUGUAUUUCCAAUAGUUGCCAAAAGGAAUGGGGCUAAGAUUCAGCUUGUUCCUAUUCCCCUUCAUGUGGACCUGCACCCCCUUCUCUACCUGCACACGGGGCUCAGUUGUGUUCUGUAAUGUCUUAUUAAAGGAGAUGUUAAAGAAAACCAAACUAGUCUAAUUUCUUCUACAUGUUAGGGGUUUUUAUAUUGCCUCUUCCAUUUUUGUUUUUUCAUUUUCAACUCAGAAUUGUCUCCUGAGUAGUUCUAAGGGUGAUGAGAUUUCUUUCAUUUCUCAUUGUUUUUCCUGUAGUCUAUUUUGGAUCUACAGCAUAUCCUUAGAAAUGAAAGGAAGCAUGUUCUUCUGAAACCUCACCCUGUAGGAUGUGUACUAAGUUGUUGGAAGAGGAAAAUAAUUGCCUAGUAAUAUAAAAUAAUACUAAAAACAUCUGUAGGUCCGUUAAUUGGGUGGAUAACUCCUUACAACAUUGACUCAGAUUUGAGAUAACACUUUUGGUUUUAUAUUUAAAAUACUAUAAUAGCUAAUUAGUUACACCGUAAUUCAGUUCUGAGAUGUAUAUCACAUGAAUAAGGUAGAAUUUACCAACAUUUAAAGUACUGAAUCUCAAUUCAUUUGUGCUAGAUUUUCAUUUUUGUGGUGUUUUGGGUUUGGUUUGGUUUGGUUUUAGACAGAGAUACAUAGUUUUUGGAGUGUAUAGCAAUGAAGAUCAACACCAGGGGGUUGUGUUUACUGUGACUUUAUAUUCUGAAAUCUUCCCAGCUAGCCGAGUUUUAUCUGUU